GGAGGUAGGGAGCCCAUGGAUACAUCUUCUUCCUGCUCGAUGAGAACAGCUGAAACGUAGGGAUUUGGUUGCUGCAAACGAGUCAAAAGCAGGCGUUCGUUCGAUCCCAUCGUUUCUCCCUUUCCCACCUAACGAAAAUUGUGCGUGCCAUGGCCUUCUGACGUCCAAAUUCUUCGCUUGAGGAAGAGAAAGCUGUUCAUCUAUGUCUCCUCCCUUUAUUCGGUCUCAUGCAACCAAGCAACGACUUCUUUUGGGGAGGAGAAAGGCUUGGGAACGAAGCAGUCCACCGUCCUACUCUCUGCUUCGUCAUGCUCUCCCUCUUCGUCAACAGCAGCAGCUUCAACGUUCUGAGGAGAGCGGCAGCGGUGCAGUUCGGAGGGAGUAGAAGGGUGGUUAUAGCGAGAGGAGGAAGAGAGGGGAGGGCGGUGAUGGAGAACGCGCGCCAGGUGGAGGCGUACAUGGACCCCACGGCGACGGUGGGCGGUGGAGCCGAGGACGCCUACGGCGAGGAUCGCGCUACCGAGGAGCAGCUCGUCACUCCCUGGACCUUCUCCGUCGCUAGUGGGUAUAGUCUACUAAGAGAUCCACACCACAACAAAGGGCUCGCCUUUACUGAAAUUGAGAGAGAUGCUCACUACUUGCGAGGCCUAUUGCCUCCAGUUGUCCUAACUCAAGAGCUGCAGGAGAAAAAGCUGCUGCACAAUCUUCGCAAAUAUGAAGUUCCCCUGCAGCGUUACAUGUCAAUGAUGGACCUGCAGGAGAGGAACGAGAGGCUUUUCUACAAGCUUCUGAUUGACAAUGUUGAGGAAUUACUUCCGGUUGUAUACACACCAACAGUUGGCGAGGCCUGCCAAAAGUAUGGGAGCAUCUUUCGGCGUCCACAGGGUCUAUAUAUCAGUCUGAAAGAGAAAGGGAAAAUUCUUGAGGUGCUAAAGAACUGGCCUGAGAAGACCAUUCAAGUUAUCGUGGUCACUGAUGGUGAGCGCAUUUUGGGUCUAGGAGACCUUGGGUGUCAGGGAAUGGGAAUUCCUGUUGGCAAACUUGCUCUUUAUACAGCCCUUGGAGGACUCCGUCCAUCUGCAUGCUUACCCAUAACAAUUGAUGUGGGCACAAACAAUGAGCAAUUGCUGAAUGAUGACUUUUAUAUUGGUCUAAGACAAAAACGAGCUAGAGGCCAGGAAUAUGAGGAUCUUCUCCAUGAGUUCAUGUGUGCUGUCAAGCAACAAUAUGGUGAGAAAGUCCUAAUUCAGUUCGAAGACUUUGCCAAUCAUCAUGCAUUCGAUUUGCUUGCAAAAUAUAGCAAGACACAUCUUGUCUUUAAUGAUGACAUCCAGGGAACAGCUUCCGUGGUCCUUGCUGGACUUGUUGCUGCACUGAAGUUGGUUGGAGGGACCUUAGCGGACCAUACUUACUUGUUCCUUGGUGCUGGUGAGGCUGGCACUGGUAUUGCUGAGCUCAUUGCUCUUGAGAUGUCAAGACAGAUGGGUACCCCAAUCGAAAAUAAUCGUGAAAAGAUUUGGCUUGUUGACUCAAAGGGAUUGAUUGUUAGUUCCCGGAUGGAAUCUCUACAACACUUCAAGAAACCUUGGGCACAUGACCAUGAACCUGUUAACAACCUUUUAGAUGCUGUGAAGGCCAUCAAGCCAACUGUGUUGAUAGGAACCUCUGGAGUAGGGAAGACUUUUACACAAGAUGUAGUUGAGGCCAUGGCUUCAUUUAAUGAGAAACCUGUCAUUCUUGCUCUGUCAAAUCCCACAACACAAUCAGAAUGUACUGCCGAGGAAACAUAUACUUGGAGUAAGGGUUGUGCAAUUUUUGCGAGCGGGAGCCCAUUUGAUCCUGUUGAAUAUGAGGGGAAGAUUUUUGUACCUGGCCAGGCAAAUAAUGCUUACAUAUUUCCUGGUUUCGGUCUUGGCUUGGUGAUAUCUGGUGCCAUACGUGUGCACGAUGAAAUGCUUCUUGCAGCCUCGGAAGCUUUAGCCCAGCAAGUGACACAAGAGAAUUUUGACAAAGGACUGAUCUAUCCUCCCUUCAAAAAUAUCCGAAAGAUAUCUGCGCAUAUUGCCGCUAAUGUGGCUGCAAAAGUAUAUGAACUUGGUUUGGCUACUCGUUUUCCUCGCCCGGACAACCUGGUGAAAUAUGCAGAGAGUUGCAUGUACACCCCGGCAUAUCGCAAUUACCGUUGAAUAGGCAAAACAGAAUCUAUCAAUUUUGUAGCAGUCGCAUGGUCAUUACACAUUUGAAAACUAUUGUUCCUUCUAUGAUUGUUGUCUCAAAAGUGUUUUUAGUUCCCGGGCUAUCGACAAUAAAUUAGUAGUUUAGGUGGAUGGAAAUAAAUGUUGCCAUGGAAGCAACGUAAUCUGCACUCAUUGUUCUUUCUUAUAUAGAAGCUUCACAUCUGUGUUAUGUUACU